UCCGAGUCCACCCCAUCCAGGGACCCUCGCCCCGCUACAAGAGCGCUGCAAGUGGGACACUCGGCUCAGGCCGAGCUCAGGAGGGCAUCCCUGGGUACCCUGCGCCCCUGCGCGCAUGUAGCCGCUUGAGGCUUCAGGCUCUCCAACACAGGCUGGGCGGCCGGCCUCUGCCCGAGGCCCCAAGGGUUAACCCAGGCGGGCGGGGCGGGGCCACUCGGAUGUCCGCUGCUCAGCAUGGCCGCUAGCCCCGCGCCCUGUGGCGGGCGCCCCCGCGAGCAGAGGCUGCACCUCCGCAAGAUGGAGCGCAUGGUCGUGAGCAUGCAGGACCCCGACCAGGGCGUGCGGAUGCGGAGCCAGCGCCUGCUCAUCACUGUCAUCCCGCACGCGGUGACCGGUGAGGCUGCGGCGAGGGCCCUGAGGGGGAACGGGGAGCCCGGCCUGCGCCCACCCAGCCUCUCCCGUGCAGGCGGCGACGUCGUGGAAUGGCUGGUCCGGAAGUUCUGCAUCUCGGAGGAGGAGGCCCUACACCUGGGCAGCCUGCUGGCGCAACACGGCUACAUAUACCCGCUGCGCGACCCACGCAGCCUGGCGCUCCGGCCGGACGAGACGCCCUACAGGUUCCAGACACCAUACUUCUGGACAAGCACUCUGUGGCCGCCUGCUGAGCUGGACUAUGCCAUCUACUUGGCCAAGAAGAACAUGCGGAAGCCGGGAGCCCUGGUCAACCAUGAGAAGGAGCACUAUGACCAGUUGCACAAGAAGAUCAAUCACACCUGGGACCUGGUAGUGAUGCAGGCUCGGGAACAGCUGCGGGCAGCUAAGCAGCGCAGGAAAGGGGACAGGCUGGUCAUUGCAUGCCAGGAGCAGACAUACUGGCUGGUGAACAGGCCCCCGCCUGGGGUCCCCAGUGUGCUGGAGCAGGGCCCAGAGAGGGCCUCCAACAACACCAGUCAGGUGCAGAUGACACAGAGCUUGGAUUUCUAUAAGCAAGAGAUCGAGCGUUCCAGGACAGCAUUAGGCCGGACCCGGGUGAAGUCCUCCAUUUGCCUUGAGGCGUUCCUGAUGUUCAGUCACCAGCGAGGGCCACACGACCCCAUCCUGGCGGGGUGUCUGCCCAGCAACCCCUGGAUCACAGAUGACGAAGCCUACUGGUCCGUGAAUGCGCCCAUGGUGGCUGUGCCCACAAAGCCACGUGUGGAGCGAUGGGGCUUCAGCUUCCAGGAGCUCCUGGAUGAUCCCAUGGGGAGGGUCCACUUCAUGGACUUUCUUCAGAAGGAGUUCAGUGCGGAAAACCUCAGCUUCUGGGAGGCGUGUGAGGAGCUGCGCUUUGGAGGGCAGGCCCAGAUCCCCACUCUGGUGGACACCGUGUACCAGCAGUUCCUGGCUCCUGGCGCAGCCCAGUGGGUCAAUAUUGACAGCCGGACAAUGGAGCGAACGCUCGAGGGGCUGCGCCGGCCCCACCGCUACGUCCUGGAUGACGCACAGCUGCACAUCUACAUGCUCAUGAAAAAGGACUCCUACCCGAGGUUCCUCAAGUCUGACAUGUACAAGGGCCUGCUGGCCGAAGCUGUGGUUCCAUUGGAGACAAAGAGACGGGUGUUCCCAUUCGUGCGGAAGCCACGGCUCUCCAGCCCCUGCCCUGCUCUGCCGCCCAUCUCUGGGGAGCCCACGGCAGCUACGGCAGCUGGAAGCCCUGCAGGUGGUGAUGGGGAGAGCUAGGUGGACUCAGGCUCACCCCCACAGCGACACCGACUGUGGGCCACUCCUCCUGAACUCUGCAACUCCUCCCUCGUCCAGAGGGCCCAGUCUUGCCCGCCUUUCUACAGCUCCUCCUUUCCCUCGGACAUGCUACUGCCUGCCCAGAAGGGACUGGUCUCCAGGAGGGGUUUCACUAGCCAAGCUUGGCCAGAUGAAAGGCGAGGCUGAGGCCAUGUGGAGGUCCUGGCAGUCUGCAGCCUUCUGCCAGCACUGGGUGCCCUUCCCCACCUUGAGGGCACCAAGACAGCUGGCACAAUAGGACACCUGUCACGAGAUGAGGAAAAGCAGGCCUCUGGGCACUCCACCCUGCCCAGGAGCAGCUCCACCGCCCUGUGACCCUAAUCCUGCUGAGACCUUGCCAGCCUGUCCCGCCCACUCUCACAAGCCACCCGUGGCACCCUUCCAAGGUUUGACAGGCGACUCCACGCCCCACUCUGAUCAGGAGGCUCCGAUUCCCUCAGGACAGCCAGUGCCCACUCCUCCCACCAAAACUUCCUCUGGACCACUGGUGUUAUUUCCCACUCAGGCAAGGGCGCCCUACUUCCCUAGGCCUAGGCUGAAGGCAUAGCUGGUUCUUUUCGAGGUGCAACCCCUCCCACAGGGCUGACCCACAUCCUCCCCCUUCUGUACACUGGUACAGAAAUAAAGAAUCUCAGCCCUAAGCUGAUCCCACU